GAUUCUCUGCGUCAAUUUUUUCUUCUUCUUUGAUUUGAGAAUGGAGUAUUUGGGGAGACGAGUGAGGAAGGAGUUCCAGGGCCGAGGCGCAUUCUUCGGUUCUAUUCAGGCGUACACACACGCCACUGGGGUUUUCAGAAUCACGUACACCGAUGGAGUUUCCGAGGAAUUGAGCUUGGCGGAGGUCCAUCCGCUGUUGGUGUCGUCGGCGCCAUCCCGGCCGCCGCUCCCGCCGCCGGAGUCGUCUUCCAGAAGAGGCGGCGACGAGAAGCGACGCCGCAUUACCGGUGAAGGUAAAGUUGGUGGUAAUUCAGUGGUUGGCUGUGGCGUUUCUGUUGAUGGAACCGGGAAUUCGAUGGAGUUGGAUUUGAAUAGCUGUGGUGUGAUUGAUUUGGAGGAUGAUGGUGGUGACCAUGGCCGUAAUUUGGGUAAGUUGCAUGCUUUUGAUUUGAAUGAGGGGUUGAAUUUUGAGUUGCAUGAGGGGUUGGAUUUGAAUAAAGGGGUUGCAGAAGAGGGCUCGGGGGUGAGGAGAGAAAUGAUCGAUUUAAAUUUGGAUGCGGCGGAGUUGGUUGAGAAUGUGGGUUCGAAGAGGAAAGUGAGGUGGUUUGAUUUGAAUGUGGAGUUAAAAGAGGAUGAUGUCAUCGUCUUGGACGAUGACGAAGAUGAAGAGCCAGAAAGAAAUGGAGAUAAGCAGAAGGGGAAUCAGAUCUUAAACAUGGAGGAUAAACAAGAAAGCCAAUCGGAGAAGGGGCGGACCGGAGUUAAUUCUGGAAAGGGGGCGGCGUCGGCCUCAGUAAAUGUGCAUGCAAAGAGGCGCAAGACAGUCAAAGAGGUGGUGGAUAACAAAACCGAAUCCGAUGCAGAAGAGACGAUUGAAUUGGAUCCUGUAACUGGGAAGUUAUAUUUAAAAUCGAAGAAACGUGAAGAAGCCUCAUCGAAAAAGGCGUCUAACAAUCCAGUUGACCGUGUUGAUGGAGGUUCAGGAAGUGCAUCGAGGGGGCGACGAGGUACGAAGCGAACAGAGUCAUCUAACAGCAACAUUAACUUGGCGGCUACACCACAGACGGGGUUGAGGAGGGUCAACCCUAGGGUGGAAGGAACUUCGUUUGCCGGUCAAGGUUCUGCUUCAACUCAGUUGCCCCGUCCCACAUUUUGUGCCCCACAUGACGAAAAGAUGACAGGUUCAUCUUCUAAAAAACCCGAGCAACCGGCUGUUCUUCCACCGAAGGUGGAGUUGCCGCCUUCUUCUAGCUGUUUGGAUCUCAGCGGAGUUCCCGUCUUUGAUGUGUUUUCUAUAUAUGCUUUUUUGAUGGGGUUUUGCACAUUCUUGUUGCUAAGCCCCUUCAAAAUGGCCGAGUUUGUGACAUGUGUCGAAUCCAACGAUUCGACACUAUUGUUCGACUCGAUUCAUUUUGCCCUGUUAAGAGCACUGCGGAUUAAUUUGCAGUCUCUUUCCAGUGAAGGGUCAAAGACGGCAUCCAAUUGUCUCAGGUCGAUCAAUUGGAAUUUUCUCGACUUGAUUACCUGGCCUGAAUAUGCGGUUCGGUAUCUAUUAAUGUACAGCCCUGGAUAUAUUCCUGGUCUGGACCGCAGCAAUUACGAAGUUCUCCAAAGGGACUACUACGGAUUGCCAGUGCCAGCAAAAGUCGAGAUUCUAAGGCAUCUUUGCGAUGACGUGGUCGGGGGGGGAGCCUUCAGGUCAGAGAUGGACAGAAGGACACUGACCACAGAGCAGCCUGUGAGAAUCGCAAGCACUUCUUGUGCCACAGGUGGAGAUGUGAUCGAACCGACCGAUGACAAUGGAGACGAGUGCUGUCUCUGCAAGAUGGGCGGGAACUUAAUAUGCUGCGACGGUUGCCCAGCGGCAUUUCAUUCGAGGUGUGUUGGGGUUGUCAGCAGCCAGCUUCCGGAAGGCGAGUGGUACUGUCCAGAAUGUUCCAUUAACAAGGACAGGCCUUGGAACAAAAUGGGCAUGUCCAUCCGAGGAGCUGAAUCGUUGGGGACCGAUCCAUAUGGCAGGAGGUUUCACAGCUGCUGUGAUUACCUACUUGUGUCUGAGUCAUGCAACGAUGAAUACUCGUUUCGGUUCUACGAGAGAAAUGAUUUGCAUACUCUCAUUGGAGCUCUACAGUCAUCACCCUUCAUCUAUGGCGAAAUAAUCAGUGCUAUCUGUAAGCAUUGGAAUGUGAGUCAUGGAUUUGACAGGACGGGAAUUGAUUUAAUUUCUCCGUCGUCGUAUUUUGUACAGUCUGCUUCGCAUGAGAAACUGCCACUUUCUGUUACACCAUCAGAAGCUCUCGACAAGAAUGAGGGUUUCACUGGAAAAAAGUUUGAUGAGAAGUCCACAAUGACCACCAAUUCUAGUAAUAUUGAAACUGAAACUUCUGUACGCGUAAACAUAGCUGUGAAUGUUGAGAAAGAUGGAGUGAAAAUCGACAACCAAUUAGCGAGCUCUGAAGGUUCAGCUGAAGUCUCUCAAGCAUUCACAAAGACAGAAGCGUUAAAGGAAGGUGGUUUGGAUUGUUCAAAAAGAUGCACUCAGGUUUCAGGUGAUUCCCAGAUUCCAGGGAACCCUGCGAAUGCUGAAGAUCAAUGCACAACCACUUCAACAUUUGGAGAAGGCAAGAACAUAAGUUGUGCAAAUUAUGUCUGUGCAUCAUCCACCAUAAACUCGACAGCAAUUGGGUCUCAAGUGCCUUGUGGGACACACUAUGUUAAUUGUUAUGAAUUUGCUCAAACGGCAUCCUCGAUUUUUAGAGAGUUGACUGCCAAAUCAACUGAUAAAACCAUUGAAGGUGCGAAAAGAUCAGCAGAAGAAAAUGUUUCAGGGCAGCUAAAGCUUAUCUUUAAUAGGUUUGCUCAAUUUUCGUGGUCAAACAUGCGAAAUUCAAAUGUGACAUCAGGCAAAGAAAAGUGUGGCUGGUGCAGUUAUUGCAAAGUUCCUGAAGAUGAAAUGGACUGCUCAUUCGUCAUGAAUGAUAACUUUCCAGCACUAGAAAAUUUUACGACUGAAAGUCUCGAUAUUGGAUCAACAAAGAGGAAAAACCAUCUUAUCGAUGUCAUGUGUCACAUCAUUUGCAUGGAGGAUCAUCUGCAGGGUCUUCUUGUGGGACCAUGGUUAAAUCCGAAUUAUUCGCAGCUUUGGCGUAAAAGUGUUCUUGUAGCAGCUGACCUCGGUUCGAUAAAAACAUUGCUCCUUGAGCUGGAGUCGAAUUUGCAUCAUCUAGCGGUUACUGCAGAUUGGAAAAAGUCCGUGGAUUCUGCUUCUACUAUGGGUUCUGCUUGUCUUAUUGCCAAGAGUAGUAGACGAGUGUCCUUAAACAAUGAAACCAAAAGGACCAGAGCCAAGUGCUCAAAGCUGGAGAUAACACAAACUCCAAAGUCUGCAUGUGGGUUGCGCUUAUUAUGGUGGAAGGGUGACAAGGCAUCGCGUGAGCUCUUCAACUGUAAGGUUCUGCCUCGUUCAUUGGCUUCUAAAGCUGCCCGACAAGGUGGCUUUAAGAAGAUAUCAGGCGUACAAUACCCUGAAAGUGGAGAUACUGCAAAGAGGACCAGAUACACUGCAUGGAGAGCUGCUGUUGAGACAUCAAAAAGCGUGGAAAAGCUUGCUCUUCAGGUGAGGGAGCUUGAUGCACACAUUAGGUGGGGUGAUAUUGGGAACAAGCAAUUCCCCUCAAAGCAGGACAAGGAGUCCAAAAAACCUAUCAAAUCAUUUAAGAAGGUCAUAAUCCGUAAGAAGAGCUGUGAAGGAGAAAUAGUCAGGUACUUACUGGAUUUUGGGAGAAAAAGAUGUAUCCCCGAUAUUGCUGUGAAACACGGAUCCUUACAUGAGGACUCCUCAAGUGAGAGUAAGCAAUAUUGGCUGGAAGAUUCACAUGUUCCACUGCAUCUCAUUAAAGCGUUUGAAGAGAAAAAAAUUGCUCGUAAGUCGAGUAAGACCAUUUCUGGAGAACAUAAUGAGAGCAGUAAGACAGUGGUGAAGCCCUUGCGGAAAAAGGGGUUAGAGUACCUUUUCGAAAGAGCAGAGAGAUUACAGAACCAUCAAUGUGGGCACUGUAAGGAAGAUGUCAACAUCAGGGAAGCUGUGAGCUGCCAGUAUUGCAAAGGUUUUUUCCAUAAAAUACAUGCCCAGGAAUCUGGUGGAUCCAGUACUGCUGAGUCGACGUAUACUUGCCAUGAAUGCCAGGACAGGAAGGUUGUGCAAGUUGAUGCUGGGAAAGGAAAAACGGAGUUGCCAAAACGUAAGAAGAAAAUGAAAGCACCGAAGCCAUUAGACUCGAAGAAAGGGAAAGCGGUCAGCAAAGAAGAGCACCCAGUGGAUUUGAAAACGAUACCAGAAGAUCCGGUGGUUGCACCUGCUGCACGGCGUUCUGUUAGGAAUGCUGAACGCAUUUCGAAGCUGGUUCAGCAGAGUAGAAAAAUCAAAAAAAGGAAGAGGAACAAACGAAAAAAGGACCUCUUGAAGAAGAUAAGCAAACGCAUUCGGCGUAAGAAAAGGACACCUGUAAAUAGCAGUUACUGGUUGAACGGUCUGCAUUUGUCAAGAAGGACAAACGAUGACAGAUUAAUGGAUUUUAGGAGUAAAAAGCUUCUACUGCUUUCUGGAGAGGCGAUUCCCGACAGUGACGAACCUAAAUGCAGCCUGUGCAGCGAACUGGAAUAUACACCAGAGAUGAAUUACGUGGCUUGUGAAAUUUGUCGAGUUUGGUUUCAUGGAGAUGCUUUGGGUCUCACAGCUGAUAAAAUCAACCAUAUCUUUGGUUUUAAGUGCCAUAACUGCCUCGAGAAGAGGCCUCUUAUUUGCCCUAAUCAAGGCUGAACUUGUUUCAGUAAAUAGCGCAAAAUGAUUAGGCAGAUAAUAUCAACAGUUCUGGAACCCGUAGCAAAUAGAGCUCUUUCGGUCUCGUCUGAAUUCUCCCCUCGAUCACUUUUGGUGUCAGGUGAUAUGGUGUAUGGUGGAGGAGCAAAAUAUGGAUAAGUUUGUACAUUAUAUUUCCCUUUGCAAGACCUCGGUUGAUAGUAUAGAUGUCAAAACUAUUUAUGAAACUCGAACUUUCACCUGGGAUUGAAAAGUUCGUUAAGAUAGUUAGACUCAAGUUAGAGACAUUAAAGCCUUUAUCUGAAGCCUUUAUUUUAUUUGUUGCAGAAUAUUGUUUUACAAUUUUAUCUUAUUUUGACAUGACUCCGGGCGGGGUCGGACUUGAUUAGGACCUGUGACAUGGUCAACGGGUUGUUGGCCGGAAAAUGGCCCAUUAAAUCACACACUAAUUUAUUUUCUAUGAUUUUUUCUUAAUUUUUUAAACAGUUAAAAAAAAACAUUUUCCUCAUAAAAACUGCCUCCAGACUACCCUCCCACGGUUCUGGUUAAGAAUUGAGAUAACAUAUUUUCUUUUUUACGUGGAAAACAACUAUCUAUUAUUUUACAUAUGAUGUUUGCCACGUGGUUUGUUGAUCUAUUUGUAUUGAAAAAAUAAAUCCUGAGAGGGAGUGAGAUUUUCGUGAGUGUUUUCGUCCACUUAGAAUAACAACCUCUCUCUCUUUUAUUUUAUUUAUUUAUUUUUUGGAUCCAAAUUUUUUGUCCAAUUACUUGAACUUAUUCUCUAGAAGCAUCAAGCUUGGAGAUAUCUGUGUCCAGUAACUAACUACUAUUUGUUAAAAAGAGGUUGUCUUGAUUUUUCUUGUCUUUUUGAUACUUUUGAUAGUCGUACCUCGAACCUUUUUUUCCUUUUUGGGCUUGGAUAGUAUCCUCAACUUACAAUUUGAAAUAUAUAUUUUAUCUGUUUUUAUUUUUCACUCUUAGCUUUAUAUUUCUUAUGCCAAACCUUUUUUGUUAAUUUCGAAGGGUCAAUGCAUCUUUUUUGUUUGGUCAUAAAACUGUAGUACCUCUUCUUAAUAUAAUGGCACAACUCCGAUGCUUUUAAGUUAUUAGUUUUUUCAAUUUAUAUAUGUCUUAAAUCACCCCCAUCAACUCAAAUCGACUCAAAUGUUCUUUUGGAUAUUUGCUAAUCAUUUCACAUAGGGGUCACUUUGUGGAGGUUCUUCUUAUGUCUCUAACAUACUCGCCAGAAUUGGUCUUUAAAUGGACAAGUUAUUAAUUUUUGCAAAUAAACGAGCUAUGUGCCUAGCUGUAUUCACGUAAUCCUACUAUAUACCUUGUGGAGGUUCUUCUUAUGUCUCUAACAUACUCGCGAGAAUUCGAUCUUUAAAUGGACAAGUUAUUAACUUUUGCAAAUAAACGAGCUAUUUGCCUAGUUGUAUUCACGUAAUCCAAUUAUAUACCUUUUGUAUUAUGUGCUGACUAUACUCUGAGCAUUUAUGAGAUGCAUUUAUUGAAAUGCAAUCCGAUUCUCGUAAUUAUUACUGCUCACUGAUUUUUUUUCUAUAUCUGACAUGUCGAUAGCUGGUGAUUAGCUCAGCGCAUUAAAGAAGUUGCUAUCAGAAUUCUCAAGCCUUUUCUCGCCAAAUAGUCUUGAUUACGUAAAUUGGAUUUGGCAAUUCUAGAAAACAUUCACAUAUGCAAGCUGGCGAGAUUACGGUCCUGGCAUGUAAUUGGUCAAAACUCAAUAUAUUAUUGCUGGACAUUUAAAAGGCAGAAAUGAAGGAGAUUUAGACACCAACCUGCAGCUGGUUGAAGCUAAACGACAAAUCUGGCCCUCGUCAUCGUAAGAGGUACUCUUGUUGGAAUUUUUUUUAAUCACGUCUUAUCCAGGAGCCCCAGAUUUAAAAUUUUUCCACGGGGAUUUCGGGACUCUUAAAUGCCGUCGUCAGAUGCUGGUGCGUCAGAAUUGAAGAAUGAAGGGUACUAAAAGCAAUUGAGGCGAGACGAAGGCAGAGACAAUUGGACUGAAGAGGUUAGUUUUCUUUUUCUGUGUUAUAUAGUAACUACAUGAAAGGUAUGCUGAACUCAAAUGUGACUCUGAGUAUUGAUCGAUUUUUCUUUAUUUAUCGAUGUAACGAUUUACGAGAAUGAUUUUAAAUGACAUGAAAUAAGAGCUUGACACGAGACCAAAUGAUUCGAAAUUCGCUCUGAAAUGUAUCCUCUCGAUUUUGUUUCCUUUACGGAAUUUGAUGGUGGAGCAUACGAAAAAUUUGUUGGUGGUUUGAUGCAGAUUGUCAAACCUGCAGUGCAGGCAACUACGAUUUGGUAAUGGUUAUGUGUAGGGGUAUUAAGUUAGUUUAUUCUGUCGCAAGAGUUUGGUAACUUUUGGCGCAAUAAUUCGAGGUUUUUGCUCUGUUGUGAAUGGUCAACACUUCGAGUCCUGUUGUGAAUGAUACAAAGCUAUGGAUUUCAAGUUUAUAAUUGUUGCCGA